GCGCUUCAGUAGGCGUGUCGACUCCGGGACGCAAGCGCACAUCGGCCUUAGAGACGACUUGGGAAGCUGAGUGCAAUCAGGAGCCGGCGCUAUGGCGGAGACAGAUCCCAAAACUGUACAGGACCUGACCGCUGUGGUUCAGACUCUUCUCCAGCAGAUGCAGGACAAGUUUCAGACCAUGUCAGACCAGAUAAUUGGCCGAAUUGAUGAUAUGAGCAGUCGCAUUGAUGAUCUCGAGAAAAACAUUGCUGACCUUAUGACCCAAGCAGUAGAAGAAAUAGAAGGGGAAAACAAAGUGCCUGCUACACGUAAUAGUUAA